GAACGUGAUCCGGGCUGUCAUCAUUAUUACAGCAACAAACGGAUGAGAUUGAACAGGACACCCUUUUCAUUGUGCUUUUUACCUGGACAUGAUUUCAUUUAUGCUUGGCAGACUUUGCUAAAAUAAAUGCAACAUUAUCGGGGACUGUUCUGUUGACGUUCUGCGAAGUUUUUCAACUUUAUUAUCUUGUAUUGGUUUGAGGCCUCUGUGCCAUGCCAGAGAAAUCCCACAGCACAGCCCAUGACGUCCCAAUGGGUGAAGAAUCGCCUCGGUUGUCCACUGCCUCUGUUGGCAGUAAUGACCGGGCCUCUACUGCUACGCUGUCCGAUUGUUCUGACAUCCAGCGGCCCGUAAGUUUGGUGUCCACCAUUUCAUCUGGAUCAGGUUCUUCUCGGGACGACGUCCCCCUUUCAGGCAUCCCAUCCACUGUGCCCACUGAGGAUAGCGUGGAUCUGGAGUUGACCCCUGCUGGGGACCCCAGUAAGACUCAGGACACUAACCUGGACCAGGCAUCCAGUCUCUUCCUCCGGCAAAAUAGCAGCAACGCUGUAAACGACAACAUCAACAGCUUCUCUCAACACACUUUUUCUCCGUUUGCUGCGAAAACUAUGGCACCCAACCCUGAGCUCACCUACCUUGACCGGGUGGUCAUGGAGAUCCUUGAGACGGAGCGUAUGUAUGUGAGAGAUCUGCGGAGUAUCGUAGAGGACUACCUCGCUCACAUAAUAGACACUGGAGACCUUCCCAUCGGGCCAGAACAGGUGUGUGCUCUGUUUGGAAACAUAGAGGACAUCUAUGAGUUCAACAGUGAGCUGCUUCAGUCACUGGACAUGUGUGACCAUGAUCCUGUGGCUAUUGCCAGAUGCUUUGUGCUCAAGCGUGAAUAUUUUGACAUCUACACACAAUAUUGCACCAACUACCCAAACUCUGUGGCUGCUCUCACGGACUGCAUGAGAAACAAAACACUGGCCAAGUUCUUCAGGGAGAGGCAAGCUACUCUAAAGCGAACUCUUCCUCUGGGAUCUUACCUGCUCAAGCCUGUUCAGAGGAUACUCAAAUAUCACCUCCUGCUUCAGGAGAUCGCAAAGCACUUUGAUUCAGAGGAGGAGGGUUAUGAGGUGGUGGAGGAGGCCAUAUACACUAUGACGGGUGUAGCGUGGUAUAUAAACGACAUGAAAAGAAAACAUGAGCAUGCAGUCCGUCUCCAGGAGGUUCAGUCUUUGCUCAUUAACUGGAAGGGACCUGAUCUGACUACAUAUGGAGAACUGGUCCUGGAGGGCACCUUCCGUGUCCAUCGUGCCAAGAACGAGCGGACGCUCUUCCUCUUCGACCGCAUGCUUCUCAUCACUAAACGGCGAGGAGAACAUUACGUCUAUAAGACCCACAUCUCGUGCUCAACACUCAUGCUGAUUGAGAGUGCCAAGGACUCGCUGUGCUUCAGCGUCACUCAUUACAAGCAUCCCAAACAGCCUCAUACUGUCCAGGCUCGGACGGUGGAGGAGAAAAAAUUAUGGGCUCAUCAUAUCAAACGUCUCAUUCUUGAGAACCAUCAGGCUGUUAUACCACAAAAGGCAAAGGAAGCAAUCUUGGAGAUGGAUUCUAUUUAUAAAAAGUACAGGUACAGCCCUGAGAGACUAAAGAAGUCUGUGUCAUGUCAAUUAGAAGAGUUCUCGAACUCUAGACCGGGCCGGAGACAGUCAGAACCAUCUAAAGAGAUCCUGAAGAGCAGUAAAGUAAUAUUGAAGCAUGCAGACAGCGAGGGGGCUUUGCCUGCUGACAGGCAGCCUUUACAGGCCACGGCUAGCAUCAGCACUCUUGGUUCAAGUAUAAGCGAGUCUGAGGCUGACAGACCUGCCCUAGAGGAGGAAGACUCUCUAGAAGCCAUGAUUCCCAGUGAUAAUGAAGAGCCGGCCCCUGGCUCGCCCUCCCCGAAGUGCAGGUUAACCCAGGAGGAUGACGAAGAUGCAGAGGGCGAGGGAAGUGACUGUGACGAUAUUCUAAUGGAGGACAACCAGGUAGCUGACUUUGCCAGUUCCAUGCUGGCUGCCAUUUCCUGCUGGCACUAUAGAGCCAAGGCUUUGCUUUCUAUGGGCUUCACAACGGAUGAAGAGGGGUGUGAAGUAACUGAGAAUAACUUCAUAAGAGAGAAUGGCCCAUCAACUGAACAAGAAGAGACUAACUCAGAACAGAUACUUGAGGACAAGUCUCAAAACCUGAACAUUACCUCUUACUGGGAUUCCACCGAGAAACUAAAGCCAGGCAUCUCUUCUGAUCCAGAGUUCAUAGAGAUGGACAAACAGGUUACAAAUAUGCAUGAUCUGGAGUCAACAGGGGACAAAGAUGACCAGGAAGGUCCCAAAGAAGAGACCUUGCCUCUUUUACAGCAAGACAACACGCCCGGUGAGUCCUCAGAGGAAGACGAGGAUGCAGAGAAGACAGACACCAGUAGCAUCCUUCCAUCAUCUGUGCUGGACAGGGCCAGCGUUAUUGCAGAACACUUUGCCUGUAACGCACGACGUAGUAGUGUCAGCACAGAAGAGGUGCGCUCCCUCGGUUGCCCAUCUCCACGUCUUCUCAGCAGGACUGGAAGCAUUCUAAGUCUGGGAGACGCCCAUGAGCGGCCACUCCGUCUGGCUAGCACCUGCUCUGAGUCACAUGGCGUUCCGUUGACUCAAGAAGUCCUUGCAGAAGCAGAUUUUAUGAUCAUGUCCUCAAGAGAUGACAGUCUUUUUGACUCUGAACAAAGCAUCAACAGAAGAAGGGAUUCAGUGCUUUCAAGGCAAGACCAACUACUCAUUGACAAGAUUAGAAGCUACUAUGAAAACGCAGAACACCAGGAUGCUACUUUUAGCCUAAAGCGUAGAGAGAGCCUCACUUACAUUCCUAGUGGACUUGUGAGAACUUCAGUUAGCCGUUUCAACAGCAUUCCUAAGGAUAAUGGCCUUGCCCCUGACGAGACCAUCAAUUCAACUGGACCUGAUAAAGCUCAUACCCCGGCCAUAGAAUCUCAUUUGUUUACCUCAGCUCCAUCAGAGCUAAAUAUGAAUACAAAUUUGGCUUCUCUGGAACGUUCUGUUAUCAGUGCUUCCACAGAUUUCAUUGGGUUUGACAAAACCAGUGACCUGUUUAACUCUGAUGUAGAUGGUUCCACGAAACCUCAAUCCACCAAUGACCAACUGGAAAGCCACCAAGAAGAGGCUUUCCGCCCCUCCUCUGAGAUGAUCAAAGUCUGGCAGGACAUGGAAAGAGAGGUCACUAGAUGUCAAGGGGACCUCAAAGCACUGCGACCCCAAAGGACAUUUUAUUUUAGAGGUGCCAGUCCCAGGCUCUCCAGGAAGGGUCAAAACCAGGGCAAAACCACCGAAAAAGGUGGUGAUGGACUGAUGAUACUUGAAGAUUCAGAUCUUAGCACUAUUACAGAGGAAUCCUCCACACCAUCACCUCUCAAGGAAAAGAUCUUAAACCGUGAAACCAGUGAUAAUGACGGUAUCAGGCCCAGACUUUGUGAGGAUGAAGGGAGACCCAUUAAAGCUUUAGCCCCUCGAGUUAUUCAGUUGAGGGCAGAAGCUGAAGAAGAGAGAGACUCAGGUUCUCAGUCAGCAGAAGAUGCAAAUUCAGCCCAAAACAAAGUUUUCCAUCUUGCAAGGAAGUAUAGUCAGCGCAUCAAGUGCACACAACCAGUGCUGAGAUACAGGAAUCAGGAGGGAGAUACGUUGAUGGCCAAGAGGAACCUGUUAUCGGUUGUGGAAGAAAAGCCAGAGAAGGAGGCCAAAGGUAAACCAAACCUGAUGCUCUCCCUCACUCCAUACAACCAGGGUGACUAUGAUGGAGACCAGAAGGCCCAGGUUAUGACCCCAAGCCCGAUCCACACUCCUAAUUCUGCCAGUAGCCCCAGAGUCUUGUCUCCACACCUGUCCCGCUCCAGGAGUCCGCUUAGUCCCUCACCAUCUGAGAACUUCAACUGGCCAGACGUCCGCGAGCUUCGCUCAAAGUAUUCUCAUUUAGGCAGCUCAUCUACACAACCGCUAGUCGGCCAAAGUCGCUCUGAGCCAGAGAGGAUGUUUGACAGCGGUUCAAGAAGACGUUCGAGCUGCACUUCCAGCAUUGUGACUAAUGGCUUCACAGACACUUCAGCUCACAAAUCUCAUAUAGGAAGAGAUAAAGAAGAUGGGUUGGCUCGAACCCAGCGUGCUGGUUCUUUGGACCAUAAAUUGGGUAGUUUGUACCCAAGCGAUCUGCACAAUCUUCAGAGUAAAAAUGGCAGCAGUGGCUACUACGUUUCCGGUCGUGCCACCCUUGCCAAUGAGAAGAGCAUCGUUGUGGUUGAGAAACUGCCUGAGGAAACACCACCAGCAGAGAUGGACCAGCCUGCGAAAGAGCUAAAGAGAGAGGAAAUAACUACAGAUGGAAUGGACGACAGAUAUGUGCAAAUUCGUUCACCGACUUCUCGUGAGAAGAUCUCAAUCAUGGCUGUCAUUGACCGCUGUCAGGCCUAUCAGGAGUCGGAGGAGUAUCGUCUGAGAGAAGAGGGAGGGUCGAGAGUAGAACAGUUGCCUAAGAUGAAUAGAUACCAAGAACUUGAGAAGGCUCCAUCCGCUAGUGAACCCUUAGAUGAUGCCCUUAAAAAUGCUGUGGAUUCUGGAAAAAGGGCUAAUGCUAGUCAACAGAGUGUUGUGAAAAACCUUAGGGAGAAAUUUCAAAACUUAAGAUAAAAAGAGGCCAGAACACUGUGUAUAUCUGUAUAUUUUGGCUCCACUGUGUUUUAAGGUACACAAGUUUUAUUUUGCUUUAUUAAUUCUUUCUCAUUUUUUUUUUUUUUUUUAACUCAGAUACCACUGAAGGUAUGGUCAGUACAUAUAUCGUGCUCUAGCUGAACGAAUCAUUUAACAGACUUAAACCUCAAAACUAAUAUUCAUUACAGUGCUAUUUUACUGGUAUUUUGGACACUGUGUAAUUCAUGUUGCCUACUGAUAUUGAGAAACCUAUGGAUUUUUUCUGUCUGAAUGUCGGGCAGAAAGUGUAAAUAUUGUUGUACAUGCAUUCUUUGUUUUACCAUUCCGAUAUUUAAUUGUAGAUAUAUCUAUAUGUAUUUGAUAGUCACUUUACAUUAUUGUAAAGGGAAAGCUUUUUCUUGUUUUUGAAUCUUUAAACUUUGUCGACGAUAUUUCCAAGUAAUUUGAUAAAACCUCAGUUAAAGAAAUAGUUCAAAAAUGAAAAUUCUCUCAUCAUUUACUCACCUUCAUGCCAUCCCUGAUGUGUAUGACUUCCUUUUUUCUGCAGAACACAAAGAUUUUAAGAAGAAUUUUUUUAGCUCUGUUGGUUUAUACAAUGCAAGUCAACAGGGUCCAAAACUUUGAUGCUCAAAAAGCAUACUGUAUAAAGGCAGGACAAAAAUAAUCCAUAUGAUUCCAGUGGUUUAAUCCAUGCCUUCAGAAGUGAUGGGAUAGGUGUGGGUGAGAAACAGAUCAAUAUUUAAGUCUUUUUUUUUACUAUAAAUCUCCACUUUCACCUUCACUUCCACAUUCUUCUUCUUUUGUUUUUGGCGAUUUGCAUUGUUUGUGCAUAUCGCCACCUACUGGGCAGGGAGGAGAAUUUAAAGUAAAAAAGGACUUAAAUAUUGAUCUGUUUCUCACCCACACCUAAGAUAUCACUUCUGAAGUAAUGGAUUUAACCACUGGAGUCAUAUGGAUUACUUGUAUGCUGCCUUUAUAUGCUUUUGAGCUUCAAAGUUCUUGCCACCAUUCACUUGCAUUGUAUGGACCUACAGAGCAGAAAUAUUCUUCAAAAAAUCUUUGUGUUCUGCAGAAGAAAGAAAGUCAUACACAUCUGGGAUGGCAUGAGGGAGAUUAAAUGACGAGAGAAUUUUCAUUUUUUGGUAAACUAUUCUUUAAAGCUAAGGUGUCACUUGCAAGGUAUGAAGUCUAGUCUGUACUACAAAACAAGCCCUGGUAAAGUACUGCAAUUCCAGUCUAACAAAGACUCUAAAUGGGACAAACCACUCGAAAAUGGGUUGUUGUUUUUUUCCACAUUUGUGCUUUUGACAUUCUUCUCACAAUUCAGAGGGAUUCAUUUCCUCAUUUGGUAUGUUUUCUUUUCACUUUUAUUUGGGAAAGGACACAUUUAAAUUCUUAGUUAAUGUCAGGCAUGGUGUUUUCCCCUUUGUAACUAAACCUUGUCUUUGUUUAAUGGAUUUCGGAAUAGCUUACUAUAUGUAAAGGAAACCAGAUCCUAAUGUUUUAAGAUUACUUAGAACUUAGGAUAAUUGUUUUAAGAGCAAGUAGUAUGACACUAAUUUCUGUGAUAUUUUAAGCUUGUCAUGUGUCAUUGUUGUGGUGCAUAAUGCAGUAUAUCUGGCAUUAACAUCAGAUUUUGGGGAAGGUCACAAUAUAACCUUACACUAUUAAUCAUCAGUUUAGGCAGCCCAUGAUUCAUGCUGAUAGACUGUGUGCUCUGUAAUUUUCUUUCAUGACUGCUUUCUAAUUCAUCGUGUCUCCUUGUGUUAUUUAUUGAGAUACUGUACAUUUCCUUAUCUGUCUGGCUUCAUAUUAAUGCACCAGAGUCUAUAUAAUUUAUAGGGGCUUAGAAAGUUGCAACUUCUGAAAUUCACUCCAUAAUAAAGCAAAGAAAUUUCAACUCUGCGUAGAGUUUUCAGAUUGUUGUACUUCCAAUAUAAAUGAGGUCAGUGGGACUCAUAGUAGCCUAUGCAAAAAGUGUUUGUUUUUUUAAUCUAAAGCAAAUCUUAUGUGGAUGAACCAAGAGCAUUUAUGACUCCUUUCAAGCCAGUUUCCUGGGUGUAAAUAAUCAAAUGAGAACUGAAUAAAGACUCAGA